AUGAACCCUGCAGAUCUGGCUAGAUGCUUGUCCCGACAAAUGCCCGUUCUCUUCAUGUUCGCCAGUCCUGGUAAAGCAGGGAACAAGGCAUGGCAAUCACGUAAAGAAGGAAAAGCGACCUCUGCACUGCUCUCACUUGGGCCUGUCGUAUCAUCGUUCCACACCACUUCGUCCCCUUCGCAUAAUCAUCGGCCUCUUCACAGCUCCCCUGCACCUUCAACCUUCACCCUUCGUCACGUUCGCAUCCUGCCCGGUCGUGAUCACUACUUAAAUCGCACCUGGUCUGGUUUCAAUCCUCCUGAACGUCCCGCUGUUGUGUAUUCAACGGUUUCUAGUUGGGUCUUCAACAAGCGGACUACUUUACUUACUUUGGCUCCUCUCUGCCCCGGUUACAAGGCCAUCAAUGCCAAUAAGCAGGGCCUGUCUUUCACGGCCGACCUGACUCUCAAUGGUGAUCCCUGUAACGCAUACGGCGAGGACUUGCAGGACCUGAAGCUUCUCGUGGAGUAUCAGGACGCGGAUGAGGACGUUUACCAGGUCCCUCACUCCGUCAUUCCUCGCCCUAGUACUGAUGGGAAUCACAAGCAGAGACAGCCUUCUUUGCGAUUCGACUACCAGCCUGACCCCUUUAGCUUCCGCGUUUUGCGCCAGACUGAUGAUAGUGAUGAACAGGUUCUGAUUGACACCACUGAGACCAACCUGAUCUUUGAGACUCAGUAUCUGAACCUUCGCACCUGGCCGCGCACUCUGUGGAGCCGUGAUGCGUACGGUGUUCCUUCUAACACGAACCUGUACGGCAACGGAGUCUUCUUUUUGAACUCCAAUGUUCCUGGAGACGAUGAGGGCCAAGCCUCCGUCGACACAUACUUCCCCGACGACAUCUUCUACGACUGGACCACGGGCGCAGCAAUCCACGGCCACGGCGCAAACAUCAAGAUAUCAAACAUCGCCAUUACAGACAUCUCGAUCCACACCCGAGGCAGCAGUGUGCUUCCUCUUCGUUCAAAGAGCGCCAUGACAACCAAGGAGCUGCGUACUCGUGGUUUCGAGGUCAUUAUCGCGCCCAACCUGGACCACUUCGCCUCGGGCGAGUCCUACUAG